AUGGCGUUCAACUUCAACUGGUCCCCACUCAUCGCGGAUACUACUCGCGCCAAGGACAUGCUUACAGCUGCUCUGAACAAGUCGCCGAAACCUCCCAUCAUUGUAGACGACAUCAUAGUAACAGAGUUGAACCUGGGAUCUAUACCUCCAGAGCUGGAAAUACUCGAGAUCGGAGACUUGGCUGAAGAUAGAUUCAGAGGAAUUUUUAAGAUGUCAUAUACUGGAGACGCGUUUCUGACCCUUAAAACGCGAGUCCAGGCCAAUCCGUUGAACACUUACUUGUCUACCAAACCUUCUUUUGCCUCUCCACAACCGCUUGCCGCUGCGUCUAGCCUCACAAUUCCACUCUCGAUAACUCUCUCUGACUUUCGGCUGUCGGGGUUCGUUAUCCUUGUCUUCUCUCGACAGAAAGGACUUACCCUCGUAUUUCGUAACGACCCUCUCGAAUCCUUGAAAGUAUCUUCUACAUUUGAUUCGAUACCCUUCGUGCGAGACUACUUACAAAAAGAAAUCGAGGGUCAGCUCCGCGUGCUAUUUAUGGAGGAUCUGCCGGCUAUCCUACAUCGUCUCUCACUUCGCCUUUUUGUUCCGGAUUAUCAAGAGAUGGAGGAGCAACAUGCGCCAGCGAUUAGAGGCGCAAAUACUGUAGACCCCCUAUACAACCCUGCUCAAGACCCUAUUGACAACGCUGGCAAUGCACUGGAUGAAGGUGACCUAGCUGGUUGGUCACUAGAUAGCGCUGAAACUCAUGCGUCAUUUUCAAACAAGAACAUCCUCCGUCUGGCAGCACUCGCGGAGUCUCAGAAGACUUUAUCACUGUUUACGCCAUCCAUACAGGGCGCCGUCUUCCGUGCCUGGGCAGGAGCAGCUGAACGAGCCGAGAGCUCCGGUCUGCAAUCUCCAACACUCACCAGAUCUGCCCUAUCACGCGUACAAUCUACUCUUAGCACCACAUCUCUAUCUGCGCCAAGUAUCUCUGAAGGUAGCGACACUGGAACUACAGCAUCUCGUCCGUCGAUUUCCGGAGCUAGCUCAAUAUAUUCAGGCCUUGGCUUGGGUGGAGGCCGAUCACGAAAUUCGAAUCGUAAACGGAAGAAGCGAGUAAUCAACCUUCGAAAAGACAAAACGGACGACUGUACUACUCCCGAAACUCCCAUCACGCCUCUCGCAACUCCCUCUUCCGCUCCCGCUCUCUCACAAGACGACGACCUCUCACUUACCCUUCGCCCAGUACACAGAAACGUACAUUUCAACGCGAAACCAACCAGUCUUGACGUCUUUGACAACCAAGGCCCGUCGCGCCAAACCUCCACCCCGUCUCAUGAAGACUCUACCCCAACAUACACUCAAGCACCCGUUCCUUUCGCUCCACAAGUCCUGCAUCACCCGAAACCCACCACAUCCUCCAGAACGCCACUCCUCCAAACAACUUCCUUAGACCGCUACCCUUCCUCGUCGAGCCCGACAUUACUCGCUUCGCCGAGCAUCGCCGAGGUCAGCAUGAGCAACCUAGCCAGCACAGGUGGCAUCCUUGAGCAGGCGUGGAUGAUGAAGAUGGCAAAGGAGAUAGCACGCAAGGUCGCCGAGGAGCGCGAACGCUCGCGCAGUCCGGAUGAGGGAAGUGCGCGUCCGCCGCUGAGGAGAGCAGGUGAUGGAAAGGCGGUGCAAGCCGCAUGGGACAGGGAGCGGAAGAGAAGUGAUGAAGGUGCAAGUGAGGCGCCGCCAGCGUAUGUAGCGUAA